AUGGGCGCGGGCGUGGAGGCGACGAGCGAGGAGACGCGCGCGCGGUUCGAGCGCGCGAAGACGUCGCUCGAACGCGCGCCCGCGAGGACGACGAGACCGAACGCCGCGUUCGUGGCCCCGGGCGAGCGCAUCCCGGGCGUUGAACACGGUGAUUUCUUGCGAGGACACGGCACGAGGGCGAUCGCGACGGCGUCGACGACGGAUGAGACGGAAGAGACGCUCGUGGCGACGACGGCGGGCGUCGUCGAGCGCGUGAACAAGUUGGUGAGCGUGCGCGCGUUGAAAUCUCGAUACGUCCCGGAGACCGGGGACGUGGUGCUGGGGAAGGUGACGAAUGUGAGCGGUAAGCGAUGGAUCUUAGACAUCAACGCCAGACAGAACGGGGUGCUUCAGCUGAGCGCGGUGCACCUCCCGGGGAACGUGCAGAGGCGAAGGAACGACGUCGACGAGCUCAACAUGCGAACGCUCUACGCCGAGGGCGACAUCGUGAGCUCCGAGGUACAGAGCGUGUACUCCGACGGGGCCGCCGCGUUGCACACUCGUAGUCUCAAGUACGGGCGCUUGAAGCGAGGACAGCUCGUGCGCGUAACAGCGAACCUCGUGCGUCGCCUCCCGCAGCACUUUCACAGGUUAGAGAUGGAUGAGUUUCACGACAGCGUCGCGACGGGAACGCACGACGUGGAAAUUUUACUCGGGUGCAACGGUUACAUUUGGGUCGGCGCGCCGAGCGCGGCGACGGCACCGCGAGAGACGGAACUCCGCCGUGAGCCGAACGACGCCAUCGACGACUUGAACGAGGCGUACGGCGACAAGGUGCCGCUACCCCAGCGCGAAAACAUCUCGCGCGUGGCGCUCGCCGUUCGCGCGCUCGCCGAGUUAUUCCUACCCAUCUCGCCACCGGCGGUGAUGGAUGUCUUCAAGGUGAGCAAGGAGUGGGGCGUGGCUGUUCAGGACAUGCUCGGACAGGGCUUCUUGACGCGCAUCCUUGAGCGGGAGGUCGACAAGCGCGUCGAAGCGUACGAGCAGGGCAAGUAG